UAAAAAUUGUUGUUUAGAUAUCACAUGACAUCAUAAAGACAGUAUUUAGCUCAUCUUUAGUUUGCUUUGGAGGAGAUGACUACCGCAGUAGGUGCCCUAGAUGAGUCUAUCAAGGAGUACCUGGUCUUCAGAGGCUUCACAAAUACGCUCAAGCAGUUUGAGCUGGAGAGAAAGGAGGACAAGGACAAAGGACUCAAAGUGAACCGUAUUGUGGAGCACCUGAUGCAAUGCAUCAAUCGCUCGGACUUCAACUCUCUGCAAACAUUUUGGAUCUAUCUGCACAAGCGUUUCUUCAGUCGCCUGUCCCAUGACUCGUUGAUGACUGUUUAUCGGCUGGAGACCAACCUCCUUCGUCUGUUCCUGGUGUACGCCAGUCGUCAGGGGAAACAGGACGUGGUGAGAGACUUCUUUGAGAAGAUGGCGGACUCUCUUCAUGACAAGAAAGAGUGGAAGGAUUGGUUCACAUUCCCGUUCACUAAGAGCCCAGAGCAGCACCCUACGUUCAAGCUCUACUACAGCAAGGAGUGGGGAGACACGUUUGUCAUCACUCUACAUAACUUCUUCAGCACCCUCUUUGCCUGUCUCCCUCUUCCCGCCCUGCUCAACUUUGAGUCAGAGCAUCAGAAGAUGCAGGCGUUGUCAACAGAGAACGCUAACCUCCAUCAGCAGCUGGCUAGCACUAAGCACUCUCUUGUGGAGGCGGAGUCCCAUGUGCAGAGAAUGGAGCUGAAAGUGGAGAGUCUAGAGGCCAGGAUGAGCUCACAACUGGCUCAGUCAGCAUCUCAGUCUGUUAGGAGAACUACGUUCUCUGGUAAAUCCAAUGGCAGUGGCAAGGCCUCUAAACGGUCCACCUCUCCCUGGCGAGAGAAGACCCCCUCUUUCGGUAACAACUCUCCUGUGAAGAAGCCGGCCAAGAAGACCAACUCACUCAACGAAAUGCCUCACGAGAAGAUGGAAGCUUUGCAGAAACAGAAGAGUGAACCUGUCUCCCAGGGAAGGGGAGUCUCAGGUGUGCCGACUCAGCAUGCUGUAGAGAGCCCGCAAACGUCACAAUCUCCCACUGGUACUCUAGCAGACGGUUGUGUUAACACCUACGAGGACCGGGACGGUAACGUGCCGUACAUUGCUGUGAGUCAGGAGGUGUACAGAGAGCACUCGGCCCCCAUCACCCACGCCAAGUUCUCCCCCAAUGCCACCAGAGUGGCCACUGUUGACACAGACGGAUGUAUGAGAAUUUGGGACCCCAAUGCCCCUAGCAAGACGUUUUCCAAUGUUCACCUUCGCUCUUCCAUUCUCUCUCUGGACUGGGGCCCUCAGUCGGACAGUAUUGUGCUUGUUGGCACCUCGGAUGGCGUUGUGAGACUAUUCGACUCCACCACCUCUAAGUACCAUUGGGAAGUACACAGUGACAACAGGUUCCCAAAGGUCCUCUCCAUAGCGUGCAGUGCGUCCAGUAACACGUUUGCAUUCUCGGCAGCUGCCAGUAUUGGAAGCACGCCCACCACUGGUAACCUAUCCACCAUGGGGCUGACAUCGCCUGGCCUCCCUUCAUCGAGACAGAGUCAGGAGAUGAAGAAGUCGGGUUGGACAAAUAGUAUGGGGGAGGCCAAUCUACCCCCAGCAGGGGGCGUAUUCAUAUGGGACCUCAAGACUCAGAAACAAAAGUGCACGCUUCCCCUCUCCCCAAUGCCUGUGGGCAUCAACUGUAUGGCGUUCAACCACAAUAGCAACCUGCUCAUCAGUGGAGGGGCUGACGGAAUGAUACGACUGUUCGAUGUGUCCCAGAGCGAGUGUUUGUGUGGUUGGAACGCCCAUGAGGGGGAGGUGUUCAACGUCCAGUUCUCAUCAGAUGAGACCUCCGUGUACAGCAUGGGCAAGGACAACAAGUUUUGUCAGUGGAGCAUGAAUCGAUCAGGAGAGAAGAUGACCGAGUUUGAUAUCCACCAGGGAGCUUGCUAUCCAACAGGAGGUGUGAAGGGAGAGUACUUCCCCAAUAUCCCACGUGGGAACUUGUUUGCUUUUGAGAGUGAGGACAAGUUCGUAUUGACUUCUGGACCAACUGAGGCUCUCGUGUAUCAGGUUGGUGCUGGUGGUAGUCUGGUGAAGACGCUCGGCAUAUCUGGUCACAGUGGUCCUGUGACGUGCGUAGACUGGCUACAAGGUAGGCGGAGUCUGGGAACCUGUCUCACUGGGUCACUGGACAAAUCUGUCAAAGUCACUAACUUGCUCAAGAACGAUGUAGCUAUAGCUCUAUAGCGACUGCAUAGCGUCAGCUACAUGCAUACAUACAUUUACACAGGUGUUUGUGUUUUCAUUAAAAUAAUGUAGACAGUAUGUACGUGUUCUAUUGGUUUGUGUACAUAUUGACGUGUGUAUAUGUAUAUAAAGCAACAUUAUUAUGUAAAAUGA